UGUGGCUGCAGAGUGCGAGCAGCCUCACACACAAGCUCCUACUGAGCCUCUUUAACGUGGAGCUGGAAGAGAAUGCUUUCUGUUUCAAGUCCAUGAAGUCUGAUAUGUAAAAAGGCAAAAUCUGGUCUUUGAAACGAUGCAUGCCCCACGUUCCCUUCUCCUCCUGGCGGUGAUCAUCUUGCACCAUUGCGUGGCCUCCCAGAAGAGGACCUCCUGCAAUGUGCAAGACGGCAGAGCUGACUGCAGCCACCUCAGCCUCACUGUGGUCCCUCCGGACCUUCCCGGGAGCAUCACCAGCCUGGACAUGUCUCACAACAGGCUGAGGAAGAUUCCCCCCGCGUCUCUCGCCCCUUACCCGGGCAUCCUCCACCUCGACAUCAGCUACAACAGUAUCACCAUGCUGGACCAGGGUUUGUGCCAGACCCUGCCUCUGCUGCGGACAUUGAACAUGGAACACAAUCAAGUGUAUGUGCUGAAGAAGCAGGACAUGAGCCAUUGCACCAAUCUAACAGGGUUGAUUUUGGCUAGUAAUAAGCUAAAUCUGCAAGGGGAGCCCUUCUCUGCACUACAGAGCCUGAGAGUUCUUGAUGUGUCCCAAAAUAAACUGCAGUCGGCCAAGCUUGGCUCUCAGCCCCAGCUGCCCAACCUCUUCAGCCUCAAUCUGGGAUUCAAUAACAUCACUACUCUGAGUAAAGAUGACUUCUUGUUUCUCAGCCAUUCGUCCUCUCUGCAAUUCCUCAACAUGUCAUCCGUGACUCUUAAAACGUUGGAGCUUGGUUGCUUUGAGCCCAUUUCAGGCCUACGUACUGUGAUCAUGGAUGGAAGUAAUAUGGGCACGCUGGUUUCCAAACUCUGCUUCGAGUUGUCAGUGACGGCCAUCGAUGUUUUGUCCCUUCGGAAGACAAAUCUGAUCACGCUCACAAACAGAGCCUUUGAAGGGCUGCAGAAAACGAAUCUAACCUUCCUGGAUCUGUCCCAUAACAAAAUGGGCAAAAUGGAAGAUGGCGCAUUCCAGUGGCUGUCUAGACUUCAGACUCUAAUUUUGACAGACAACAACUUCAAGCACCUGACCAAGGACACAUUUCAGGGGCUCAAAAGUUUGAAAAAACUCAAUUUGACAAACGCUCUUGUGAAAAGUCAAAGCAUUAUUGAUGAUUUCUCCUUCCAACCAUUGAGUGGCCUGGAGAGUUUGAUUAUGCAGAAGACUGGUGCGCAACAAUUAACAGAGAACACAUUUACGGGCUUGACAAGUCUCCAAGAACUCGAUUUGAGCUGGAGUAGUUACAUCUCGCUCAGAACCAUCACCAAUAAGACGUUUGUUUCACUUGCGGGAACGCCUCUCAGAAAGCUAAAUCUAACAGGAACCUCUAUAACACAGAUUAAUCCUCAAAGCUUCUCCUCUUUGGGGAACCUCACCACUCUUCUUCUAGACUUCAACUUUAUCAAGCAAACUCUCACUGGCAAAGAGUUUGAAGGCCUGGGCCAAAUCAAAGAGAUCCACAUGACCAAUAACCGCCAGACAAUCGAUCUAAUCUCUACGUCCUUCGUGAGUGUGACCAGUCUGAGGGUCCUGACGUUGGGAAGAAGUCUCACAGUCGAAGCGGUGAACAAGGAUCCCUCUCCGUUCAGUCCCCUGCUCAACCUCACCGUCCUGGACCUCAGCAACAACAACAUUGCCAACAUCAGAGAGAAUAUGCUGGAGGGGCUCGUGAACCUGAAAGUGCUGAAGCUCCAGCACAAUAACUUUGCCCGCUUGUGGAAGAGCGCCAACCUAGGUGGGCCAGUGUUGUUCCUCAAAGACACAGUGAGGUUGACGACCUUACAGAUGGAUAGUAACGGGCUGGAUGAGAUCCCAGCAGAGGCUCUGAGAGGGUUGAGUAACCUCAGUGAAAUCAGCUUGGCCAACAACCUCCUUAAUCACCUUAAGGACUCCAUUUUUGAUGAUCUGAACUCACUGCAGGUUUUAAAUUUGCAGAAGAAUCUGAUCACAGCUGUGAGGCCCAAAGUGUUCAAAGCUCCUAUGAGAAACCUCCGCCUGCUUCUCAUGGACAGAAAUCCUUUUGACUGCACCUGUGAGAGCAUUCUGUGGUUUGUGACGUGGUUGAACGUCACAAAUGCGACAAGCGUUCCAGGUCUCCGGGACCAGUAUUUGUGCAAUACCCCGCUAGCUUACUUUAAGCGCGCUAUCAUGGACUUUGACCCCCUCUCCUGCAAAGAUAUGACCCCAUUUCAGACUCUUUACAUUCUGAGCAGCACUAUGGUCAUCAUGCUGACAGUCACUGCGCUUCUGGUGCGGUUCCAAGGCUGGAGGAUCCAGUUUUAUUGGAACAUAUUGAUCAAUCGCACAUUAGGGUUCAGCAACGCCAAAGUUGAAGAGGGCAGGGAAUUCGAGUACGAUGCGUACGUCAUACACGCGGAGAAGGACGGUAGCUGGGUGGAGAGGAGGAUGGUGCCCUUGGAGAAUGACAUGUGCAAGUUUUGUUUGCAGGAUCGAGAUUCGGUCCCCGGCAUGCCAGUGCUUGAAUCCAUCAUGGAUAAUAUGAGAAAGUCCAGAAAAAUCUUGUUUGUCGUCACUGAAAGUCUUCUCAGAGAUCCCUGGGUUAGGAGAUUUAAAGCCUAUCAUGCACUUUACCAGGUCAUUGAAGCCAGCAGGGACUCUGUGGUUCUGGUCUUUCUGCAGGACGUCCACGACUACAAGUUGUCGAGCUCACUGUUCCUCCGUAGGGGAAUGUUGCGUUCAUGCUGCGUCCUGGACUGGCCCGUCCAUAAGGAGAGGGUGCCGGCCUUUCACCAGAAGCUCCUCAUAGCUCUUGGCAUGACUAAUCGAUUGCAGGACUGAAUGUGUUUCAUUUGUAGUUUUAGUGGCCAAUUGUCCAAAAAAUCCUAAAACAAACUUUACUCAAAGGGCCACUGACGCACCAUGGGUUUGUGGUUUACGCAGGCAAAAGAGGUUAUUGUCCAUACAGAAUUCCGUGUUGCUGAUAAUUUAUUUGGUCAAACAAAGAAGGUAAACAAACAAAAGAACAAAGGUAAUCCUGUUGCAAAAAAACAAAAACAUAGGCCCACCCCAGUGCAUGCUGGUCCUAUACCUGCCUAUAUAAUCGCAGGUGCCCUCAAUGUUACCCAAUUCAAAACAAAUUACCAAUCCCAAAACUAAGUAUACUAAACAACAACAAAACUAUUAUUAAAACUAAACGAAUGACCAUCAAUAGAAAAUCUUAAUAUAUCAAACAAUCUAACCUAAAUAACAAUAUUACAAUAUUACUUAUGCAUAAAAUAACUAAAUACUAACAUCAAAUAAAUAGCCCCUACAGUAGUAAUUGAAAAUUCACUCUGCUAUAAUAUUUACCAAUGUAUGUACAAAUAAUUGCAACUGAUUGCGGAUUGUUUUACCAUCAGUGUGAAUAUUGUGCUUACUGUAAAUAUGCACUCAGUCUUACUGUAUUUACAUUGCAUUGCAGCUUAACCUAAACAUUUUUUAAUUAAAUGGUAACGGGCCUAAGGUGGUGUUGUAUAUGUGCGCCUGCAUACACAGCACAUUUACUCACACAGUUACUAUGGCUUUUUGGGUGUUUUUAUUGUAUUUUUAUUGUAUUCCUGUUCAAGUACUGUAAUGUAGAAAAAUCAUCAUGUUCUCCAAUGUUUUAAACAAGGUCCAGCUGAAUAGUUACAUUUUGACAAUCCUAAUUAAGUGAUUUAUAUUAUACAUUUUGCAAUGUACAUUGUAACAUAUCAAGAAUAAAAAAAUAUUUCAAGUGCAGUUUUAAUGAUUUUAUCUCUAAAUCGCUGAAAAGUUGGCCUUUACAUUGAAAAGUCUAACCCUUAACUAAUUUACUAAGUCUUUUCCACAAUGCCAGAGAGAGAGUUAUGGGGGAGGUAGCUGAUGUGUUUAUUUGUUAUUUUGUUGGCCUAACAGUUGUCAAAUUGAAAUACAUUGUGUGCAAAAAUACUGAAUACUUUUCAGAAUUGGAACUCUCGCCAGGUUGCCAAAAUGUCCAGAUUCAUAAGAAAUAAAUACUACA